GCCUGAAAUCGGCUGGGCUCUGCGGGGAAGUUUCCAGAUAAUGAAAUCAGUUCAUUCCAUAUAUACACACUCAAGUCGCAGGCUCCCUUCUCACUCAGCAUUUUAGGUUCAACCUUCAAAUCCGACUCCUUCAAAUCGCACUCUUACCAUCGUCGAGUGCUCUCUUCCUUGGUCCGUUUCGUUCAGCCAUGAGUAGUGGUUCGCCCACCGCGUAUCUUGUAUGGUCUAUACUAGCAUGCUUGUUCUUUUGUUUCCUCAUAUUUCAUCUUUGGAAAUAUGAUAGAUUCCAAUGUCUCAAGUGGAGUGAGUCUGGGAGACAGCCUGGCGCAUUCAAACGGUUUAUGUCGUACACCUACAUAGCAACCUUGACUCUCCUCGUGAUCUUCAGCGUUGCAUACACAUACCUAAAGUUCAAAGAAGGCUUUAUCAUCACCCCAGAAGGGACUAUCUAUCCAAAACCCACCGACUUAUAUACACCUAGUCACCAAAAGUGGAUAUUGCCUCUUCUGUUUUUGUUCAGCGCAGCAUGGGCUUGUGAGCUCGUCACACACUGGGAAGAAUUGACAUUCUGGCUCUUCAUCCUCCAUCAAGGCCCUAAGACGCGGCUUUGGUUUGAUAGUUGGGAGUUCCGACUUUGGCUACUUGGCACGGUUGUAGCGGGGCUGGGAAUGCCCUUGACUACUCUUAUUUCCCGUCGGGAUCUUGAUACGUGCCAAGCUUGGAUUUUUCUGGUCGGGUCGUCUGCAUCGACGGCAACUACCCUUUUGUUUCUGUAUGUUCUUGCAAGGUUUCCAGGUUUCAUCCGUCGAGUGAAAGCGGAUGGAGGGGAGCCAAACAUUGUCUUACGCCUCGUAAUGUUUUAUCAGUUGAAUUUCGGACGAGUUUUGUUUAGGUUCUUGUUUACUAUUCCGCUGUUCAUUUUGGCAUUGGAUGGGGUACAAGGAAGUCACCCGAUUAACCAAAAUCCUUUUUGGUCAGAUUUUUUGAUUAUGUUGGGCGGAAUCGGCUGCUUCGUCUCUUCGUUCAUAACCCUUUUGAUAUUCUUCCCCCGAUCACUCACUCAAGAGCUCGGUUAUACGACUGCUCUCAUACCGACAUCCGUAGUCGACAAACCACAGAUAACGGCAUCAAUUGACAUCAAUUAUGGCGCAGAUAACCAGCACAUCUCUUCGCCCAUGCAUGCCCCCAAGGCCUUUGUCCACGCCCCUUCCACACACUCGUCUGAGCCUUCUCAAAGCGAGGGCACGACGCCCGAAUACGAAUUCGAAGACUCCGCGAACAAUACCCGUCACCAUUCUCAUUCCCAUGACGGACAUGUGCGAAUAAGAAGACAGACAUGGGAGCAAACGCAGGAUGUGGAGGCACCGCCUGCAGACGGACAGUACAUGUUCGAUCGACGCUCCAGGUGCCUAGUGAGGCCGCACUCCGAUGGUGCCGCGAUUGGUUUGCACCCUUAUGUUCGAACAUUCCGAUCUCCGAUUGAUAUUUGUGACCUCGAAAAUGAUGACCAUCCACCGGUGCGAUAAAGCGCAAAAACCCCAAAUCCAAUACUUAUGAUGAAGUCGUCCCGUGCUCUGGGCUCGGCGUCCUAUGAAUUCACGGUAUAUGCCGUCGCUUAUUUCUGUUCAGAUCUAGCCGUUGACCACCUUUCACAGCUUUCGUCUAUUGCUGGUUCCCACAUCCACUGUCGCUUACCACACGCUAUCUAACGAUUUAAUGAUAUCUUACCUACCACUGCUACCAUUCCAUGUAUACUCCACCUAUACCCCUGACAGUUAUUCUUUGAAGUGAAAUACGCAACCAUGUAGUCAUAUCUUGUUGUACAAUAAUUAGAAUUGGGCGCUCAGGCUCAGCGCGAAUCGGA